CUCUCUCUCUCUCUCUCUCAAAACAAAAAUCCAUCCUUCUCUCUAUAUAUACACCAAUAUCUACAUCUAUACAUCUGACUCUUGAGUUCUCUCUAAAAUGGCUAGUGGUACAACCAGAAAGAAGCUCCUCCUGAACACAGUAUCAGUCGACCUAGGUUGCAGCUGCACCCGGCCAAAGCUCUCCCUCUUAUUCCACCCCAAGUCCAAGCCCAAAAUCAAAGCCCAUCGGAAGCCCAAACGACAAUACUCCAUCUCGAGUUCAUAUUCUCCGACGACGAAAGACAACGACGACGAAGAAGAAGACACCACCACCACCACUUCCUCCACCUUAUUCUCCUCCGACGACAACAAGAGCUCGCCGAGAACAACCGUUAAGGGGUUCGGCCGAGUCGGCGGCGAAGGCGUGGCCGUGGAAAAAGAUUCCGACGACCCGUACUUGGAUUUCCGGCAAUCGAUGCUGCAGAUGAUACUGGAGAACGAGAUUUACUCGAAGGACGAUCUCCGCGAGCUUCUGAACUGCUUUCUCCAGCUGAACGCUCCUUCCCACCAUGGAAUAAUUGUUCGAGCUUUCACCGAGAUCUGGGAUGGAGUUUUUUCCGUAAGGUCUGGUUCUGCCUCCAUGGCCACCAAAGUACGGCAUUUCGGUUACAACAAGCCCACGUCACGUGACUACUCCUACUCCUACUAUUAGCCACGUGCGUUUGUGGUGGUUAAUUCUGUUACAAUGGUAAACGUCGAAGUAAAGCGGUUAAAAACAUAUUAUUAUUAUUAUUAUUUGUAGGAGCUAGAUGCCGAAGGGCUUAACUGUAAUUUUUUGCUUUUUUUGGGUGGUAAGUUUGUGUAGUUGUGAGAUGUACUGAACUAGUUAGUAUUAAUACUAAUAGUACUCAUCGGUGUAAAGGCACUAAUCUUUUAACUCAAUAGAAUGAGCUUUUGUUGUUA